AUGGCUCUUGUGUUCAAUGACAACGAUCCCUGGUUAAUUGAAUACGAGUCAUGUGAGAAGCUAUAUAGAGAAAUUGAAGGAUUAUUAAAUGUGAGAGAAUUAGAGCAAAAGUCUUCCGAAAAAUAUGUUUUGUAUUCAUCACAAGUCCGGCUUAGGCUGAAACAGUUUACUGAUGAAGUCCAACAGUUAUCUCAUAAACUUAGAGGACUUGCAACAUCUAAGGCUGUUACACUGGACGAAGAGGAACGACGUCAACGUAUGCUUGAGCUACUCCAAAGCAGAAAUAUUUUAUUAAAUCAACGUUUUCAGAAUAGGAAUAAUAGUCAUACAUUAGAACGUCAAGAAUUGAUGAGACCAAGUACUAGUAAGGCCAAAAAAACUGAAAUGCCAACUACUGGUUGGCUGGAAAGUGAUGAUGAUGACUAUGAUGAUAAACAACCAUUACUUAGUGAAAAAGUGCUUAAACAACAACAACAGUACUUGCUCAAAGAACAAGACGAUGGACUAAAUGAAUUAGCAUCAAUUGUGUCUAGACAGAAAAAUAUUGCUAUCACCAUAAGCAGUGAAGUCGAUCUACAAAAUGAACUAGUUGAAGACCUAUUGGUAAAGAUGGACAAAACAGCAGCUGGAAUUGAAAGCGAGACCAAGGAAGUAGUUCAGAUAUUAAAAAAAGAUUCAACUCGAGGACUUUGGGUGAUAAUUAUUCUUCUACUGAUUGCAAAUGUAGUGGUUGCUUUUUCGUGA